AUGGACGCGGGUGGCUUGCAUGACUUGUACGAAGGGCAGGAGAACAGUAUUCAAGCUGUGCUGCGACACUUCGGACUCGCCCUUGCAGCGCCUGAACUCCUUACUCAUCGGAACGAGCCGGGUUCUGUUUAUUUCGACUUCGAAGUCUCCUGCGCGGUAGCGAUUCCAUACGUGGCGGAGGAGAGCGCCGAUUAUCCCUCAGCAUCUUCCGAGACGGCUCACAACGGUGGCGGCGAGGAGGCGCACAGCAUGAUCGACAUCGACCCACGCGUCUUUCAGCUACCUCCGGACGCGCACGCUCGCUUCCGUCGCCUGUUUGCGACCUUCUCGCAACUCAAAGUCGACCACUACUCAACGACGACCAUGACGGUCCGCCGUACUCAGCCAUCUGCGGCUUCUCGAUGGCCGAAGAAGCGCGAGUUGACGGGCGAAGAGCGGGAGAAGGAGGGGAGGAUCCCGAGAUGGCUGCUGUGGACGCGCCACUACGACUGCACGUAA